UAAAUACGUUUUCCUGGUUCACUUUUUUUUCUUUCUUCGAGCGAAACAACAUCUUUAAUUACAGCUAAUCUAUUAAAUUUCCGAUAUUUUUCAGCUCUGCAGUGCUUCCUACUCGAAUGACCCACAAAUCUUGCGUGACGUAAUCUUCUCAAUUCACUUUCAUCUUUGUUUUCUUUUUCUGAUGGUCACUCUUUUUGUUUUUCUUGGAAUUGUGUGCACGAGAUUAACGAAAAACUAACUUCAAACUCGGAAGCUUCUUAUGAUAGCCUUUUAAUUAGAAACUAUAUCAAUGGUUUUGUGUGAUAAAGUUCAACGUGUUUGUUGGAAGUAGUUUAUCGUGCCCAGAUGUGUUUUCUUCCAAUUUUGUUAUACUGAAAAUAACAUUUUAACUUUUUACUCAAAUGGUUACAGUGAUAAGUACCAUUAAGGAUGAAGGCGCUACAAUGGAUUUUAUAAUUUUUUUUCGAGAAGCUGUCUGUAACGCCGUUCCACUCCAGUACAGCCCUGUCAAUAUACCUAACAAAAAUGAAAGCUCCUGCUGAUAUAUCAAUCAGUCAAGUACUCUUCAGUAGAUUUCCAAACCCACUAAUAUUAAUAUGAAGAAAACUCCUGAUCACUUUAUGUUUGAUUGUCCAUAAACAGAUGACCAAGGCCUGUUGUAAGUCUACAUUUUGCAGUUUUCUCAGAUGGAAUUAAACAUAACAGUAUUCUUGAUGGCGUAUCAGAUAGCAGAGAAAGUUUGUGCAAAAUUACCAAAUGAAACUUUUUCGACCGAACGAAUGAUGAAAAGAAAUGUGGAACGAAAUAGAACUUCAUGAAAUUCAAGGAAAUGUUUGUAAAUAGGUAGAAAAGGAGGGUAGAACUUUUUUACUCGUAAAUUUUACAAAAUAAAAGACACGCAGCUUAUAAAUUUUUCUUUAGAAGUAGUUUUAGGAGAAAAUUAAAUUUUUUCGAAAUGAAAAAAUGGCUGAAUAUUGGAACAGAGAACAGCCUCUAGAUCUUAGAGUAAAGAAUUCAACAAAAAGAGUGAACAAACCUUAUAAUCGAGAUAAUGUGAAAUUCGAAAGUACAAGUGAAAGAAAUUGUAUUCUUGCCUCUCUUUUAAAACAGCCUUCCUCUUCAAAAUCAAAUGUAGAAUUUGUAUCAAAUUCAAGAAAUGGUUUUUUUCUGAACAAUGCUUCAAACUCAUUUGAAAACAAUUCUUCAGCAACUUUUAUUAUCCCUCGGCAACCGGAAGUUAUCCAAUCUAACUUUCCAACACAUCAUUCAUCAUCCGGCUCAAUUCAUCAAGGAAUUAUUAGCAAUAUUAAACAUGAAAUAGGUUUUAAAACAAAUGGUAUAAAGCAAGAAACUGACACAGAUGAAAUUACUAUAGUGUUUGACAGUUAUAGGGACUUAGCAAAUGGCUUGAGUAAAAAUUACAACACUCAAUCUACAACUGAAGAUGCAUCAUCAGGAUUUGUUCCGAACUAUCGCAAAUUUUAUGCUCGUUGUCAUAGCAAUAAAUCAUUCCAUUCAAGAUUAAUCAAUCAGCAAAAUCUUAAUCUUCAAACUUUCAGUCAAUCAGACUUUCCAUUUUCUAAUUUUCCUCAGCGAAAUAAUGAGCUUGGUCAUAUAAAUUCAGUACAGUACCAAAGUAGAAUUUUGAAUGCACACUUUCAAAAUCAAAAUGUUCCUUCUAUCAAAAUCGAGCAAGACAUAGAAAAGCAGGAUUCUUCUGAAAAUUAUAAACACGAGAAAGAUAAAAUUCUAAAAUGUUUAUUGACUAAUACGGUAAAUGAUAAAAUUUAUUUGUGUAAUAAUAAUUAUAUACUGCAAAAUUCUGUAUACGACAAGAAAUUGCAAUAUAGUGAUGUGUUCUUAAGAUUUAGGUAUCCUCAGUUGAAUCAAAAGCAGCAACAAUCAUGCCAUAUUUAUUACCCUGAGGCAGUAAGAACAGUUCAAAAGGAUAGCAUAUUAAAAAGCUUACUAGUUACAAAUCGUCUAAAACCAGAUAUUGCUCAAGGUUCUUCUGGUUCAUACAAUGCUGGUUCUCCUGGUAGUGAGUCUACAUCGAGUAGUAGUACAGAUUCUGGAGUAUUUAGUGACAUUUUACCUGAUGAACGUCGUCGAAUUUCAAGAGGUCCUAGUAACAGGUAUAUUAAAACAGGUACAGGUGCAAGUCUUGAAACGUUGAAAAUUCUGCGUCAAGUAAUAAUGGAGCGGCAACAAAAAACUGAUCGAGAACUUUGACAAAAAGACAAUUGAUAAACCUUUUCAAAACAUCAUACUGUUACUACAUUGUUGUGAGAGCUUAAUCUUGAAAUGUUAUUUCUAAAUUAUAGUACAAAGUACAUACACUACUAAUUUACGAAGUAAAUAUAUUUCUAAAUCAAUAUUUAAUUUUCCCUGGGCUGAAAAGAAUACUUAUGCGUGGACAGAUGUGGUUAUAAUAAACAAGUAAAGUACAAUUUUAUUUAUAUUUUUGUAAAACUCUUCUGUUUUCCUUGGCACACAUAAUUCAAGAAUAUAAAAUAUUUAAAUAACUAGGUAUGAUAUAAAAUAAUUCUACUUUUUAACAAAUGUUAUUUUGAUUCAGUUAUUGUAUGAACUUCAUUGAGACAAUAUUGAAGUUGUUUUCAAUCGUCGAAGCAUAGUGAAUCUCUAAACUCAUAUUUUUAAAAACAAAUAUGUUGAAAUAAGCAUUUAUAUUUUUGAAAUUUACAAUCUGAUGUAUUACUGCAAUGUAAUUACUGGAAUAUAACUUAAUGAUCAUAAAGUGUCCUAAAAUGUAUGAUUUUACUUAACUAAAAAUUAGCGAAUAAUUCUAAAAAACCGCUAUUUAUAGAAUCAUUUUCUCAAAAAAUUGUGUUGUUUUUUUAGUUUUAAAAUAAUAUUUCUUAAUUAAAAAUUGCGUAUCAAGAGAUUUCUUAAAUUACAAAUUAUACUACAUAACAUAGGCAAUACAAGCAAUAACAUACGCAAUUAUGCAACAUAUUCAACGCAAUACAAUACUGUAAACAAUGCAAAGUUAGAAUAACAAUGGUAUCACAGCUUUAUAUCGCUAGUUAUGCUUGGUCAUCCAGUGCUCAAAUGAUAAACAAAAAAUAACAUAAACUUAACAAUUUUAAAAAGAUUCAGGUUUUUAUGUCUCGAAUCUUUCUUGAGAAUUAGAAUGAAUUGUCUCUACGUUAACCCUUUCAGGGUUGACAAAUGGAGAAAGAGGCUCUCCCUCAGCCCACAAACUCCGAAUUUAUGAAUUGUUACGUACUAAAACGUAAGUUUGCGCGUACUAAUACGUAAUGUAAUACAAGAGUACCGUGUUGAGAUCACGUCAGUGUGAUCUUGGGCCAGCUAGAGUCAAAAAGGCUCAUUUUUAUAUGAAAGUGUGAACCGUGAAGGGACAAUGUACGAUCACUGCCCUGAAGGGGUUAACCGUGAUUACACUAAAGUAAUUUUUUAAACUAACUGACACUUAAUCUAAUGAACUGGAAAACAGAUUUACGUAUGUACUAAAUCUGUUGAAGUUAGAAGUCGUUGUAAAUCUUUUAAGUCAAUCAGUUGAAAUCAUAAGCUGUUAUCUAGACUUGUUCUUUUCAUGUAAACGACUGUCAAAAAGUCUGCAGCUUCGUUAAAAAAGAAAAACAAACAAAAAAACAAUAAUUGUAUUUAAAAUAAAUAAAUUAAUUAAACAAAUAUUUCAGUGAAUUUGUUCAAACAGUCGACAUUAUUAAAAAUUUUUAAUAUUUCAGCUAGCGUGAUAGUCAAAAAACUACAAAAUGUUUCACAUUUUCGACCAAACUUAUUGAGUUAUGAGAUUGCUAAUGUUUAGUAACGUCGAUGAAGAGGGGAAAUACAUCCUUUAUUAUUCUUCAAAAAUAAAUAAAUAUCGUUAAAUAUUGCCAUAUUGAUAUAUUUUAAAAAAUCGGUAAAAAAAAUAGAAGUGAAAAAAAAGUUUGAAGUAAAAAAAAUAGAAAUAAAUGGACAGAAAUUAGUGUUUUAAAGAAGAAAAAAAAUUUCGAACUCUGGCAAAAUAUUAUCGAAGUCCAUCAGCAAAAGAAAGAUUAAAAUAAUCAAACUCAUUAGUUUAGUGAGGCUGAAAUGAAUACACCUUCAUACAAAAGUAAACUAAUUUUGAUCAUUUUAAUCCGUAUUUGAUUAAAUUCUAUAUUAUUUCACCAGUGUUUGAUUUUUUUCUCUUAAAUAUCAGUUUUCUGCAUCUAAUAGUCUAAGUUUUUGUUUUUAUUCUUUACAACGAAUAUAAAACAUAAACAUGAAGAGCGGUUAUUACGGAUCAUCUUGUAUAAACGAGCUUUAUUGGUUCACAAAUAAAAGAGAAAAGUUUUAUUUUGAUGCACAAUUCACCCCUUCUAAUGUUUUUAGUUCAUUGCACUAGGAAGACUCAUUAAGAAUUUUAUUACCAUUAAUAUCAGUGCUAUUCCUGAUUGAAAUUGUUUUUGCUUUUAAGUUUUAAGAGAAAUGCUAAUUAAUAACAUCGACUUUUCAAUAAUUUAUCUUUUAACAAAAACUUUAAUGCGUUGAAGAUCUCAAUCCUUUAUAUUUUUGGAUCAAAACUUUACUUUGUAUUAAAGGUAUGAGGGCAAAUACGUGAAAAAUAAAGAUAAUUUUUCAACCUAAUAUUCUAUUUCUUAUAAGAAUAACAAUUCAUUUAAGAAUUAAAUAAUUAAAUAUUUAAUUCAUUUAAGAAUUAAAUAUUUGAAAAUAAAUGUUCAGUAUCUUAUUACACCACAUAAAAUUGAUGAGAAAAAUCGCUAAAACGGAGAGAUAAGUAAUGAAAUAUAGAUAUUUUUAAUACUCUUCUCUAAAACUGUUUAUUCUAAAAUUCCGCAAAAUUCUGAUUAAAUGCCCUCUUAAACUUAGACGAAAAUCAAUAAGAUAUUGACAGAGCGGAUAAACGGAUAAACCAAAGCUGGAGUAUAAACUUAAAACUUUGAUCCAUUUUUACAAUUGAACAUUAGUUGUUGUGCAUGAGAUAAAGUGGGUAUGUUGAAGGACAUGCAUGCACUUGCUGACAAUAAUUAAUAUUUCUGAUAAUAAUGCUACUUUGUUAUUAAUACCUUUUUGUUAAUAGUACUUUUUUGUCAAUAAUAAUGAUCUGCAUUUACUCCAUCAAUGCUUAUUCAUGUAAAAUAACACUAGAAGCAAAAUAACUUUUGCCUUCAUUGGACCAAUAUUAACGAAUCUUGGCUCAAUAAGGGUUCAAAGGGCAGUUUUCUCCCUAUAUAGAAUAUAUAUUGGCCCUAUAUAGAAUUUUUUGAUUCACUCAAUAUUUUACAGCCACUUUACAACCAAUAUAGAUCCUAUAUAGUAUUGUCAGAUUCCCCCGAUAUUUUAUAUUCAUUAUUCAGCCAAUAUAGGCCCUAUAUUAAUCCUAUAUAGGUAGAUAUUGGCCCUGUAUAGGACCUAUGUUUAAAAAAAAUUUAGACAUACCAACGUUGAUCUCUCGGUGCAUGUUCUUAUAAGACCCAUACUGAGCCAAUUUUGAGCCCAACUGGGCCAAGGUAAAACUGUUGCUAGGGGACCAAUGAGCUAUGCAAAUAAACGUGCUUAAUACUUUUUUUGCUAAUAAUACCUAAUAUACUUCUUUGUCAACUAUAUUUUAUAUGUCAGAUUUAUUUCUAAAAUAAAAGUGUGAAUGUAGAUAUAA